UGAAAAGUAAUUUUAUUUGUUGAAAAAAUGGAAGAUCUCUUCUUACCUAGUGUUUUCUAACUGACUGAGACUUGUUUGGACUUUGGUCUUUCAAGUCUUAGUUGCAGUGGAAAAUCAUACCUUUUUGACGAUUUCAGAUUCUGUUAGAUUUCAUUUCUGUGUAAGAUUGGUCUUUGUAAUGAUCUCGAAGUGUAAGUCUCAUUUUCAAAAUUUUUAUCCAAAUUGCAGAGCGGCAAAAGGAGCAGCGAUGUCAGGAUCAGAAACUGGAGUGAUGACAAGCAUUACCAGGGAGCCCUUUCCGAUAACGCUACAACCGGUCGUACAGAAUAUGCGUUUAACUUUCACUGCUGACGGAACGGCUACCUACAAACCCAUUACUGCCGCCACCUCACCUUCCUACCAACCCUCCUCCACCGCCGCCGGAGGUGGUGGUAUAGAAGUGUCAGCUGGUGGACCCCCCAUUUCUCCUCAUGGAAUUAAUAUAAGCAUGGGAAGCGGCGGUGACACCAUGAAGAGGAAGAGGGGAAGACCGAGGAAGUAUGGGCCAGAUGGCUCUAUGUCAUUGGCUCUUGCACCUGCAACGCAAUCUGGCAAUGUAAAUCAACCAAGUGGGAGUGGUAUUUCUUCUCCUCCACCACCACCACCUGCUGCUGCUACUUCCGCUCCUGCUGUUACUUCUCCUCUUCCACCAGGAGGAUCAAUUUCGCCAACCGGAAUCAAGAAAUCGAGAGGCAGACCCGCUGGUUCUAGCAAGAAGCAGCAACUUGAAGCUCUGGGAUCAGCUGGGUUUGGAUUUGCACCACAUGUAAUCACUGUGAAAGCUGGAGAGGAUGUAUCAACCAAAAUAAUGUCAUUUUCUCGGCAUGGUCCAAGGGCUGUUUGUAUCCUGUCAGCAAAUGGUGCCAUAUCCAAUGUGACUCUUCGCCAACCGUCCACGUCUGGUGGAACUGUAACUUAUGAGGGAAGAUUUGAAAUUCUCUCACUGUCUGGUUCAUUUAUGCCAUCAGAAAAUGGGGGUCAAAGGAGCAGGACUGGGGGAUUAAGUGUGUCUUUAUCUGGUCCAGAUGGUCGGGUAAUUGGUGGUGGCGUAGCUGGUCUUCUAACGGCUUUAUCUCCUGUUCAGGUAGUUGUGGCAAGCUUCCUUUCAGAUGAUCAAAAGGAAUCAAAGUCAGCAAACCAAAUUGAAUCCUUGUCUGCAAUUAGUGGGCUCACUCCAGCUGUAGGUACAACUGGACCAAACAGCCCACCGUCGCGUGGGACUUUAAGUGAAUCCUCAGGUGGGCAUGGCAGUCCACUUAACCAGAGUACUGGAGCCUGCAAUAACAACCAUCCUCAAGGCAUUUCAAGCAUGCCCUGGAAGUGAAACCGUGUGCGACCUGAGUCUUGACUAAUCUGAUGUUGUGUUAUACUCUAGGCCUCAAGGAGUUGCAGCCGUAAUUUAAGCCUUCUGUAAGUUAGUUAAAAUAAAGACUGUGGAUUGCUUUCUAGUUUGACAGUUAUACUUGCUAGAAAUUGUCAAUUAGAACAGUGACUAGUGGGACUUCCAUUUUGAAGAUUUGUUAAGUUAGAAGAAUGCUUUAUGGUUAUAGGUAUCAGAGGCAGACAAGUAACUUGAAAUAUAUUGGCUUAUCUUGUAGUUGCUGCUUCUUGCUGUUGUUGUUGUUGCUUCCCAUGCAUAAUGGAACUAUUCCUUGAUCAUCUAACCAUCAAGGGGUUACAAGCGAGGUGCCUAUAUAUUUUUUGAGGUUUUCCUCACUUGAUUCUUCA